AUGGAUAACCACAAAUUAUUCAUUGGGAGCACUUACGAUGGUUUGUUAGUCCUUGAAGCUUCUAGACUCGGUUUGCUACCACGAGUAACCAGAAGACUGAAGGAGUCUGAGCGUCGUCUGGUACAGUCUGGCUCUGUAUUUGUCUUUGACGAGCACGAGUCUGGUAUCAAAAGGUGGACAGACGGUCUGAUCUGGUCGCCGUCUAGAAUACUCGGAAACUUCCUUAUUUAUAGAGAAACCCACAAACCGAAGCGCAAUGCUACUGCGUCUGUCAACCAACAGCAAUCUUAUUCAUUAGAAAGUUUCAACUACGAUCCCAACAACCAAAACAGCUCAGACGAUGAAAAUGAGUCGGAGAAAGCAAAAGAGAGGUCUCUCGUAGGCUCACUCACCAAAUCCGACAUGUUCAAGUCUAAUGGGUUGGUCAAAAAGACUAUGUCUCUUAGUUUUAACGGUUCCGCGCAGCAUCUAAUAUCAUACUAUAGAGUAGAAGAUGUUCAAAAGGGCAGAUUGAGAUCACCUUCGACUCUACCAGAGUUCCAAUCUCUGGCCAUAUCCCAAGAAUAUCUCGUUAAUUCAAAUUUUAGAUGCCCAAUUAGAACAGAAGUCGACCCCGACGGACUUCUGAGGUAUAGGGGCGAGCAGGAGGAUUUUUCUCAGUAUAGUCCACCAUCGAUCCAAGCAGCACUAUCAAACUAUCAAGCACAGAUGUCGCAGCAGCAUCAGAAGUCUAAAGCACGCCGGUCCAGCCAUCCAAUAGCGGGUAACAGGUCGCCACCAUAUGCAGCUGCAUCGCCAUCGGCUUCAGGUAUUGGGAAGUCUUCACCGACGUCUCUGAACAACCACAGAUAUACGCCGUAUGGUAGUCCACCUUCGAGACAUAUUUCCAGCUUACCGAUGACGAUACAGGCGGUGUCGCCUGUGUUGCCACCGUCUUCACCACCUGUGCAUAGAGGCAUGUUGCGGCCACCUUUCGACUAUUAUGACAGCGCUAAUGCGCAAACAACUCCUAUAGGCCGAGUGAGCUCUUCUGCUCCACUUGCGGGCCAUGCUCAUGCUCAUGAUCAUGCUAAUAACCACAGUCAACUUCACGCUCACGCUCACGCUUAUCAAAUCCCAGCGCCACCUAUUCAAUACUAUGCACAAACCCAUCCGAAUAACCCAUCAAGCUGA